CAACUAAGCAACCUUUUCUAUGAUGGCCGAGUGUGCGGCAAGGAACUUGUGAGUGUUUGAUAACGAUAAUAGGAAAUUAUAUUCUGUAGUGACCAUGAUGUCAAAAGCUGCGGUAGGCAUUGCCGUCGGCAUUGCCGGGAUUUUCGUUGGCUACUGUUUUUAUUUCGAUCAGAAACGCCGCAGUGAUCCCGACUUCAAAAAGAAGCUCCGUGAACGCAGAAAAACCAAAAAACAGGCACAAAAGGCUUCAUCAAGAAUAUUAGAUCUGAGGGAUCGUGAAUUAGUGCAAAAAUUCUUUUUACAAGAGGUACAACUUGGAGAAGAGAUGCUUGCUUGUGGUGAAGUAGAAACAGGAAUUGAACAUUUAGCUAAUGCAGUAGCAGUGUGUGGACAACCUGAACACUUGUUGUCAGUUCUUCAAAAAACUUUGCCACCACCAAUUUUCCAGAUUCUGGCACAGCGAUUACCAAUCGUCAACCAGAAAUUGAUAACACAAACUCAAAUGGCAGAGGAAGAUGUUGAGUAGAUUAAUAAACAAAUUAUUAUUAGUUCUUAAAUAAAACCUGAAGUUAGUGACUGUCUAUAUUUAUCAUCUUUGCACAAAAAAUACAGGUGCAAACAAUUAAUAUCUUGAAACAGAAGUAAUCUUAUGAUUAUACAUAAUAUAUAAUUUGCCAUCCUUUGAUAAACUUCCAUUUUCCUUGAAACAGAUUUACUUAUUUCUGAGCUGUAUAAGAAAUUUUUAUGAAUAUUACUCAAUGUUUUUCUGUUUAUCAGAAAUAAUUUUCAUAUUUCUAUGUUUAAAUAAAUUUUACUUAAACAGUAAUUUUGAUCAUUUUGAAUAGAUGAAACUUGCCGGAUGAUGAUCUAGUUUUAAAUCCCAUUAAUUGCGAUACUAAUUGAAUUAUUUGUUAUUCAUUUGUAACAAAUCUGAGAAAAAUGUCUAGUUAAUAUAAGAAAAUCUAAAUGUUUUUUCAUAGUAAACAUGUUCACUAUCACAUUUUGCAGUUUUUAAAUGUUCAACUUUAAUAGAUUUUAAAUCCUGAAAAUACAUAUACAUGCACAGGGAGACUUUCGAUUGAUGAUCAGUAUUAAUUUAUAUUUUGGAAAAAAAUACAAUUCUACAAUAAUAUUUUUUACACAUGUUUAUAUUUCCACUGUUAUUUUCCAGUACAGAGUUUUUCAUAAUUUAUAAAUAUUUAUACUUUUUUUUUGUUAGAAGAGUUAUACAAAUUAGCUUAACAAAAUAUGAUACUUCUCUUUCAAAGUAGCUUGUAUAUUUACUUGUUCAGUCUAAUUCUAAGGAACAUGUUUAGGAAUUAGCACUGAAAUAAAAAAAAUCUUUGUUGUAUGCUCUUAUUUGCUGUAUUUAAUAGAAUAUGUCGUCACUGUUAAAUUUGCAGAAGUGAUGAACAAUGUAUGUGUUGCCUUACUUUGUGUGUAGCAAAUAUGAAAAGAUAACUGUACAAACUGUACAAUUCUUACAAAUCUGAUAGCAAUCUUUUAAGCUAUGAUGUCGGAUAUACACGCAUUUAAUAUACAAAUAUGAAAUUAUCUUCAAAAAUAUAUAUCUUAUAUUCCGAAAGCACUUACAAAGAGAUUAUUGUAAAUCUCGCUAUAUAAAUAUGCGCAAAGAUAUAUGCAAAGUUUGUAGAUAAUCUAAAGUUUAUAUGUGUAUAUACACUAUAUACACUUAUAUAUAUAUAUGGAUCACUUUAAACAUAUAAGUGUAUAUUGUUCUUUCCGGUGGUUACUAUAACGAACAAAUACUUUGCAAAUACCUGUCCCUGUACGUGUGAGAAGUUAUAUUCUUGUAUAAAGGUAUUGUUCUAAAAAAAAUGGAAACUUAUCGAUUUCUAUAUUAUAACAAAUUUAAAGCUGUAUUAAACAAAAACAUUAACGGAAGGAAUAAAAGCUAUAUAAGACGUGUUUAUUAA